CUCUCUCUUUCUUUGGGUCAAAACUUUUACUGCUGGGAGUUCCAGCAACAAAAAUCCAGCAGAGAUGCACGUGACUUUUGACACGUGACUAGAAAGUUUGCGCAGCGUCGAGGCAGACCACCACCGGUUUUCCAGAGCCUUACUUCUACGUCAAGACAUACCAUCACCGUUGUUAUCCUCUCUAUCCACAACACAAUGUACGCUCCUACCGUUGCCCGCACCUCCGUCCGCUCGGCCGUCCGCAGCAUGUCUGCGCGCGAGAUGAUCUUCAAGCGUGGAUUCCAGUCCUCGCAGGUUGCUAAGUCCACUCACCACUGGCCCGAGGGUCCCUACAACAACCUUCCCUUCAAGGUCCACAACCGUCGCAUUCCCUUCUUCAUCCCUUACACCCUUUUCUUCUUGGUUCCUUUCGUGACCCCCUUCGGCAUGGCCGCCUUUGCUCUUAGCAAGAUGUAAACAAUCCAUCGUGAAUCGAAUUAUUUACAUGUUUUGCAUAUUUCGGAGCGGUUGAAUCGGAAGUUUACAGGAGCGAAAAGAUGGACGCAAGGACUACGGUUUUAUGGGGUACAAUCUGGACGAAUAUACCUAUAUAGUUGAUAUUGUCUCAAUAUAAGUGAAAGAAGUCAUUAUCUUUAGCUCAUUAUUUACCAGUGAUUUCAUGCCAGUUGUGAUUGCUUUUGUAUGGAAAAGAGCCUACCCAAUCAGAGACGGUCCAUAGAAGCCGCUUAUGAUUACGUCAGUGAUUUGUCAUGGUGUGCACACUUAUGAGGGGUUGGUAGUUAGCACUUAUAGCGCCUUAGUGAGAUCUUUGUUGAUUUCUACUCUAUCUGC